GCUACAAGUUCAUUCUUAGACCAAGCGCUGACAGUUGAAGUCAGAAUUUAUCGUAUGUGGUACUGUGUAUUUUUUCUAAGAAUUUGGAGACAAUGGAUUCUUAAUACAGCUAGUCUUAAAUUGAGUGAUAAUUUUUUGACGUCUAAUGCUUACCUCUGUAUCGAGCAAAAUGCUCAUUCUAUUAUAAAAAUAAUUAGAUUAUUCCACAAACACGAUCUAGAUUUCAAUAUGUUUAUUCCUCAUCUAUUCAGCAGCCAAGUUUGUGAGCAAAUUUUCCGUGCCACUCGCUCAAUGACUUCGACUUUUUCGACCGUUGUCAAUUUUAGUUUAAAAAACAUAAUGGAACGACUUGACAGAAUUAAAGUGAUUAAUAAUCUUAUGAAUGAUUUGCAUGGAACAUUAAUAUUUCCUCGCGAAAAAAGACAACCAAAAGUACCAAACUUUUCAAAGUGUAAUGACUCUGAAUUUGUUCGAGCACUGAAUUUCUCUGACACCGAUAUCGAACGAAUUGUUCAUCAAGCUCUUAGUGAUUCAAUAUUGGCAGCGGAAAACUUGGGAAUUGAGGUUUUUGGAAAAGCAUACAACCAAUUAAACAUACCACUAAAAGUUGAUGAAAAAUUUACUCAAGAUGAAUUGCAACAAUAUAGUGAAGAAUCGAAAAUGGACGAAGCCAUAUCUAGUGUCAACCAAAAUGAAGACUCUUUAUGUCUAGUGCACGAAAACGUAAUAAAUACCGUAUUUAGUGACAACAUAAAUAACGAUGAAAAUGUUAAUGAUGAUUUCGACAUAUCUGCUGAUAUGGAAGUUGAAAUUCCUGAAGAAAGAUCAACGGCAUCAUCAAGUUCUUCUACCCCUUACGUAGAAGUUAUAACCGGAGGAAAAAGAGAAAAAUUGAAAAAAUCCACAUUUUGCUGGCUGCUUGAAAAAGGUAAAGUUAGAAUUAGUUCAGAUCGCCUUUCGAGAUUUCACACAUCCAAAAAACCCCGAGAAAACCCAAACUGGACAAAACAUCAAAAAUACUAUUAUCCUCAAACAAAAAACCUGCAAACAAAAUAGUUACUAGUACGGGUCGAAACAAAAAAAGGAUUCUCAGCGAAAGUUCACCUGAUAGCAGCUCACCAGAAACAGACGUUUAUGAUUCAGAUAAAGAAAAUGAACAAUACGGUGAAAAUUCGUGUUGCACAAUACUGCCUGAAAAUUAUUAUGCCGUAUAUUAUGAUGAAGCGUGGUACAUAGGAAGAAUUAUUUCAACUGGCGACAUAGAAUCCAUUCCAAAUUCCAAUGCUCACUCCAGUGUUUAUAAAAUGAAAUUUUUAAAAAGGGAUCUUAAUAGUUUUGACUGGCCUAAAAAUGAAGACAUCGCCAACGUUGACAGUAGAUAUAUUUUUUUCGGGCCCGUACAGUUAAUAGGAGCAUCUCCAUUUCAAUUAGACAGGACUCAGUUAACUGCUAUAGAAGCAAAAUAUAAGCGCAUGAAGAAGUAAAAGCAACACGUAGUUAUUCUUUAAUUUGAAUUUAAGUUUGAUUAGUUUUUCAGUUAUGUGUACAUUUAACGUUGAUUUUUUUUGUAUUAUACAAUGU